AUGCCAGCCAGCCGAGAAAUGAGCCGAUAUGAUCAUCUCAAGGCUGUCUUUGCCAGGCGCCUUGGCCAAGAUCCCGAGAUCAAGGAUGAUUCAAGGUCUGAAAUUACAUUGGUCCCAAAACAACCAAGCGUAGAAAGCCACAAGAGACCCAAGUCUCUUCCUAACUUCAAUGCCGCCGAUAUGUGCUUCGGUUCUUGCUGCAGGAACAACUAG